UUCUUGCUUUGUUCGCUAUGUGUUUUGUGUUUAGUCUUCCGGCGUAGAGUGGGAUGUCAUGGCCGGCGCAUUUAUUUGGUGUUUGAAGUAUCGCGUUAUAUUUGUAAUCGGUUUUUUCGGGUGCCCGUAUGUGCCAACUUGAAAUGUUUAUGCAUACUAUGCAGGUCAGAAAUAUCGCGGACAGAAGAAUUGGGCGACUUGUUUAGCGAGUGCACUUUUUCGCUACCACAGAUCGUCAAGUGAAUUUCGGAUAAAGUGCUAAAAGCAGCUAAGCUCUUCAGUCAGUUGAAGUUUCAUUAGUCCCUGGGGCCAAGAUUUGAGACAUAUGAACGCCUUGCAAUUUUCCUUCCUUCGCUUACUUGGUCAACAAAAUUUUACUCUCGGCCCAUAUGUCGUUGAUAAUGGUUAUGUUUUCUUAUGCGACGAAAGUAAUAAGGAAGAAACGUAACUGUUCGUAGCUGUUACCGUUGUUAAAUUACGUGUUUGCACUCAACCUUGUUUACAUAUAAUUGGUGUGUUCCUCCGAAUAGAGGAAUGCACAGGCCUAGGAAACUAAAUUAAAUUGUCGAUAGUAGAUAUUUUCAAUUAUUCCAAAUAGAAACAAUAAAUGAACAGACGUCACGUUCCCAGUUAAUGUUGUUACAUAUAAUAGACAGUCGUCAGUGGAGGUUAAAGUAAAUUGGACACUGCAACAAAGGAGUUCAUCAAAUGGUUGUAACUACAAGAUAAUUGCUUUUCAACUGAAUUGAGGAAAUGUAAAUUGUUGUCAAUGGUGCUGGAGCACUGGCAACUACUGUUUCUCGAGGUAGAUCUGUUCAAGAAAAAGUUACUCAAGUUAAUUUUGUAAUGGAAGUAACAGAGUGAAUAAUGUGGUGCACAAUGGCUAACUGCAGUUUCUUAAUAAAUGGUAACAUGAACAUGAACAUUGCUUAAUUCAAAUGUGUGACAAGAUAUUAUUUGGGUACAUGCCUGAAGAAGAAUGUAAUCUGAUGACUGCCAUUACCUGCAUUGAUGAAGCUCAUGCACCUGUCGUCUUCAGAAUGGUGGAAUUUUUUUCACAAAAAUAACUGGUGGUGGAAUAUUGAUGUACCAUGAUCCAAAGGAACUUCUAAGUAAUUCCUAAUAUUGAUACGGAGCAAUGAAGGCAGUCAUACCAAGUAUGAAGCAGAGACAACAUAGUAUGAUGAAAUAAGUGGUUUUUAUUCAGAAAGCUGUAUAAUUUGAAGAAUAUCUGUAUUUGCUAAUUGCAUUAAUUACCGAAAGCACAAACUGCUCUGUAGCCCUGCAUUCAUGAUGAUGGCGGAUGAGAGCACCGGUCGCGGCACAGUGUACUUUGAGGUACACGUUGCUAUCAAUUUUGUCACAUCUUUCAUGAACAAGGUUGUCCCUCAAGGCCGAGUAAAAAUUUUUGGUGAGGCUCUUGCAAGGGCAUUAAUGAACAAAUAUGAAGGGCAUUGGUUCCCAGAGAGUCCUCUAAAGGGCUCAGCAUAUCGUUGUUUUGAAUUUGGGGCCUAUAUUGAGCCUGAGCUGAAAUUUGCUGCUAGGCAGGCAGGACUACGUUGUCGAGAUGUAUUGAUAUGUGUUCCCUCAGAAAUGUCAAUUUGGGUGGAUCCAGGGACAGUAAGCUACCGUAUAGGUAUUGAGGGCCCUGUGAAACCCGUGCUCAAUGAAUCUGGAUGUGUUGUUACAUGUUUCUUUGAUCCUGAUGUGGAAGAUCCUGAACCUGACCCACCUGGUAACUCAAAAGCUGUAAGCUCUUGUGAGGAAACAGAAACUGUGGAAAAGAGCAGACCACGAAAAUUUACUCCAAAGCGUGGAAAGGCCAAGCUGUCAGUAGCAUAUGAAGAUGACUUAAAAUUUGUUGCUAAGAAUGGCGGUCUUGACUCAGCGACAGACUAUGAUGACCUUGAGCCCCUUGAGCCAUAUUUCACCGCUGAAGACAUGAAGUCUGGAAUUUUAUGUGAAGAUGAAGAACUUGGCAGUAAUCAGUUGAAAUCUUCUGAUGAACCUGCUUACGGCAACAGUCGUCGCAGACGUUCUAGGAGGUCGAAAAAAAAAUCACCAAAUAAACCCGGUAACAGUAAUGGGAAUAGAGGCCGAAACAGUGGUAAGAGGAGACAGAGCAAUGACAGUAAUAAUAAUAGUAAAGUCUGCAGUAAUAAUUAUCAAAACAGCAGUGGUUCGGCCAGUGGUAGUGGUAGCAGCAGUGGUGCAAGCAGCAGUGGUACGAGCAUUGGUGGUAGUACUACCAGCACCAGUGCUAGCAGCAGUGGCACCAGCACAAGUGGCACCAGCUGCAGCAGCAGCAGCAGCAGCAGCAGUAGCAGUGGCGGUAGCAGCAGUGGCAGUGGCAGCAGUGGCGGUGCCAGCAGCAGCAGUAGCAGCAGCAUCACCAGCAGCAGCAGCCUCACCAGCAGUAGCAGCAGCAGCAGCUGUGGUGCCAACAGUGGCAGCAACGUAAAUAGGAGCACUGCCAUAAGCAGUGGAAGAAACAACAGGGGCAGAAACAGCAGGGGCGGAAGCAGUAACAGCAAUGGUAACAGCAAUCCAAAUAACACUAACACCAGCUCCAACAGCAGUCGCAGCAGUAACCAUCACCGCAAUAGGAAUGUUUUGCAGCACCAGUCCAUUGUCAUCAGCAACUCGUCUUAUUCGUCAAGAGUUUAAGGCAGUUGAACUUCUUUAUCAAAAUUAUCAGUAUUUCUAUUGGAUAUCUUCCAGUCAGUCACACUCACGGUCAGAAAACUGUAAUCUACAAAGAUUGAAACUGAGGAAUGGUCUCGUGUAAUAUCAGUGACUACAGCCACUUUAUCUGCACACAUGAUUUUACAAAGGAUUUCAGGACUGCGAUCAGGUAAACUUGAUGAAAUACCUGUUUUGCAACUGAAGAAACACAAAUAAUACCAACUGCUGAAAUAUAGUGACAGUCUAUUCGGCCCAGCCUGCUGAAGUUUCAAGAGCCAUUCCUGUGGCUACAGACCUGCUGAAACAAAAAUGUUUAUCGAGAUCUGAGCAUUCGCUACAAAAGUAACACAUGAUACGUAUUAAUCCUGAACUAGUUUUUCAAAUAAAUGUGCUGACUGUUGAAAUACGUUUGCUGUAAUUAUUAGCAACGUUUAAACAGCACAGUACAGAUUUUUCCAUUGGUUCCAUUGUUUGGGGGGACUCUUCAGAGGACUUGCCGCAACUGAUGAAAGUUGGUGAUAGUUGUGGCUUGUUGAACUGUUACAGAAUCUUUUGGAUUUUAAUCCACUACAUCCACUGUAUCAUACUACAGUGCAUAAUCACAGUUUUGUUUAAUUUUACUGUUAAAGUGAUACUCAUUGUUCCGAAGUGUCAGGGAUUAAUUUCCUUGGCUAGUACCUCAUGCUAGAAGUUCAUAUUUGCAGUGCACCAGCCCUGUGAAUGCAACUCAAGCAGCCUUUUCCUUGACAUGUCUCUUUACUGUGCUCAUUCCUUUUGCACAUUUUUUGCAUUGCCUAAUCUUGGGAUAAUUCAGCUUUUUUUAACCUUUGAACUUGAGUUUUUCCCUUAUAUAUAUAUAUAUAUAUAUAUAUAUAUAUGCUGCUGUUGACAUCAAAACAAGUAGCGGUUACGUAACCAUAAACAGAAUAUGUCCAUCUAAAAUUGGAAGAUAACUUAUAUAUUGAAAGAAAAAUUACAUGGAGACAAUGGUUGGCCAGUGCUUACCUUCAAAAGACGAAAAUUUCAAAUACUUAUUGGGAGUCUGAGUGGCCUGUCCCUUCUGUUCAACACCAAGCAAAAGGACACAGUGAUAAGAAACUGAUACCACAUUCAGGAGGACAGUGGUUCAAAUCUCUGUUUAGCUGUCCUGAUUUAAGAUUUCGUUGGUGCCCCUAAACUGCUUAAGGGUGAUGUUGAUUAAAGGCAGCAACAGAUAAGUGAUGGAUGAUUUUAGAACACUGGAUUUGACCUGUUCACUAUAUGUGCAUUGUCAGUACAGCUGUGUGUAUGGGACACCAAACAACCUACAGCAAGUAGUGUCUUGUCCCCCACAGCCACCUUUCACAGCUAGAGCAAGUUGCUUUGUGUGUCCUCAAGUCAGUGGAACAAAUAUUAAAAUGAACAUAAUGUGUCCCUUGUGUCCUGUACAUGACAUAAUCACGUAAUGGGAAAUCAAAUGAUGCAUGUGCGGUGUGCAACCUGACACCUUGUAAGUCAGUUGCAGUGGGAGUAUCAUUGUCAGUGCCAUUGACAUGCAUAACUUUGUUUGUAGAAGUACAUCCAGUACACCAUACAGUGCAACUGUGAACAUUGUUUGCUAGUUUACAUGUGAUUAAAAUGAUAUAUACAAAAUUGUGUGUAUUGAGACUGAUACCAUUAAAUGUUUCCCAUAAGUGUUAUGUAGCUAAAUUAUUUUUUCCAGUAACUGAAACUGUGUUGUAUUCAACAGUUCAUUUUAUUUCAUACAUCCAGUUUUUUUUUAGUUCUGAGGGCAACAGCUUAGUUGGUUCUAAGCAAUUAUAAAUUCUUUUACAUUAAGAAGAGCCCAUUCAUUUUCUUUUGAAUAUACAGCAAAAGUAUUUUUUUAAAAGUAUACUUUUAGCUGUAUAUGUUGUUGUUGUUACAUUUGUGAAUACACGUGUUUAGCUUUGUGGCAAAUGUAUGAUCUUUAUUCGGAACUACUGCUAAUAAAUAUUUAAUGCAUGUAGAUAAAUAUGUUUUCGCAGUUGUUGUGGCUAAACAUACAACAGUUUCAAUGAAUCAGUGGGUCUGUACUCAGAAACUUCUAUGUUAUCAGUUACCAUUCCAUAUCCUCUAAAAUGUUGAAAUUUGUGUCUUUUACUGUAUUGAUGUUCAUUGAUGUGUCUCUUACAUGUAAUUGGUGUUAGUUCCAUACUAUGCUAUGCAGAAUGUUGAUGAUUGUUAACACAAAAGUCAUUGGCAGCACAGAUUCUGUGAGAAUUAACAGUUUAUAGUUAGUUAUAACUACCACUAAGAGUUUGACAUAGCUGUUUUUUUCACUGAUCUUGUGCUGUCUGUCUUUUGUUUAAGAACAGAACUUGAUGGCAGACUGUGGGAUUAUUCUGAUAUGCUUGUGAUGGAGUACUGUCUAUUUCUGCUGUUAAAAGGAAGUGAAAUAUACAGACUUUU